AUGGCGCCCUACCUCUGGACGUUGCAGUUCACGCACCUCUUUCCUGAGCACUGUUUUGUGCUUGAUGAUGGGAGUGGCAGGGCGGUGGGGUAUGUCAUUGGGACGCCUGACGUUUUUGCGCUGGAGGAAAUGUAUCCGAGGUAUGUGGAGGAGGUGUUGGGGAGUGAGCAGGGGAGGAGGGAUGUACCGCCUCCGGAGCAGAUGGAGAGGUUGGAGGAGUGGUGGGUUGGGGGGGGUGAGGGGGGAAAAAAGGUGAAUGAUAGGUGUUUGGCGCAGACGGCUUAUAAUGUUAAGUGGUUGGUGCUUGAGGGGGUUGAGGGGAAGAGGGAGCUUGUGGAGGGGUGGAGGGGGAUGUUGCAUAUUGAUUUGUUGGAGGGGUGGCAGAGGAGGGGGUUUGGGAGGGAGAUGAUUAGACGGUUUGUUGAGGGGGUGGAGGGCGUGAAAGGGGGGGAGAAGGGGUAUGAUUAUGGGAGGGGGAUUCAGUUGGGGGUUGCGGGGGAGAAUAAAGGGGUUGUGAGAUUUUAUGAGGGGGUUGGGUUUAGGGUUUAUCCUGGGGGGGAGAAGGAGGGGAAUGUUUGGAUGGUGAGGGAUUUGUGA